AUGGCUGUUCCACAAUUAGACCCUGCAAAGUUGCAGCUCGUUCAAGAGUUGGAGAUUGAGAUGAUGUCUGACAUGUACAACCGCUUGGUUUCUGCUUGUCAUAGGAAAUGCAUACCAUUGAAGUACCAUGAGCCAGAACUUGGGAAAGGGGAAUCGGUUUGCUUAGAUCGCUGUGUAGCAAAAUACUUGGAUGUUCAUGAGCGUAUUGGGAAGAAAUUGUCCAACAUGUCCCAAGGUGAAUCCGAGGACCUCACGAAAAUGAACUUGCAGGAUACCAAAAAA